AACCCGUUAGGACUAUAAUUUAAAAGAGAACGAAUUCUUAAAAUAGAGAUGUUGAUGCUGCAGAAAACCCCCCACUACACGCGCUCUGCGCUCUGAAGACCCCAAGUACGAGUGGAAGACCUCGGCCACCACUGCAGCUUCUCCUGCGACCAGGCCCUGUGGGGAAACAGCCACGGGAUUGGGAGCAGUAUUUAACCCCAAGGAAAUCUGCUCUCGUGGGCACUUGCAAAACUACAGAUCCCACGUGAUCGGGGAUGUGGCAGAGGAGGAGGUAGGGUGACAUUUCCUACAAGGUACAGCAGAAGAGCGGACCGCGCGUGCCGCUCUCCCUGUUUCGGACGGCGGCCUGUUUUGUUGUCUCUUAGGCUGGGGGAAGGUUUGGCCGCGUCCGAGGGAGACGUUCGUAGACAUCCAUCUUAUUUUGUUUGAAAAGUUACUCAUUCAAAUUGUCAGUGCGUGACAGCUCGGAAUAAAGCUAAUUUGUGGCCGCCCCUCCUCUCUUCCCAGAGGAUCUCCGAGGCAGAGGAGCGGACGCGGGGCUGACUUGGGUGGGGCUGACUCAGUGCCGCAGCAAUCCCGCGCGAGAGCUCAGGGCAGGGCAGCGUAGGGGCGGGAACUCACAAAAGAUGGAGCCUUGUAGGGGACAAUGACUCUCGGGAUAAAGGCCGAGUGGAGAAAAUCAGGCCCCACUUAAGUAAAGAGUUGGGAAACCUAGGGCGCCCCCAGGGUCCCAGGAGGCGGGCCUUGCACCCGCGUUAAUUUAGGGGAGCACCAGCUUCCCUAGGCGAGCGCUCCAGGAGCGCUGUGACCAACUCUCCACACCUAGCGCCGGUUCGGAGCUGCCGUAGCUGAAGGUUAGAACACCCUGGAACCUCGGUCCCGGAUCGUACUCUUCGGAGAAGGACGCCCGACUGGGCUCAACCCACGCGGCAGCAGCAAACAGUUUGGCGUGGCCGGGGCGUGGCCGAGGGGGCGGGCCACGCCCCCUUACCCAGUUCCCCUCCACUCCCCGCUCCCAUUGGUCACCAGCAUGGCCAAUGAACGCCCUGAUCGAGGUCCUACCCUGGGUCUGACUCGAAAGCUCCUGCCAAAACUUUGGGAGUUUUUAGAGAGGAGUUUUUUUUUUUCUUUUUUUCCCCCUUAUUACUUUUUUUUAAAAACUAACGGAUUAUUAUUGUUGUUGUUUUAAAUUUAUUUCUCAAGCCUUAGCUGUUUGGCUGUUUCUUUCGGUGCCCGGCCCCGUCUCCCUGGCUUCCCUGGCUUCCCUGGCUUCCCUGGCUUCCCUGGCGUGUGCGGAGCCGCGCACCCGCCCGCCCAGCCGCCCCAGCGCCCCUCGCUCGCCUCCAGCCCGCGGGGAGCGCGGGCGCCGAGCCGCCUUUAAAGUGAGGCCAGGGCCCGAGGCUGUGACCGGCUGGGAUCCGGGCCUCGCCUCCUCCGUCGGUGGCGCUGGGGCUCCCUGGCUUCGCUUCAGUUCGGACCGAGAAGUGUAAGUGGAUCGACCCCGGCUGGGCUGCCGCCCCCUCCUGGACUUAGCGCGCCCCUCUCCGCGAACCCACUCACCCACUCGGCCCGGGCAGGCCGCAGCGGCCGCUUGCCUCACCCCGCCAGGAUGUUCGCCGCGGGGCUGGCUCCCUUCUACGCGCCCAACUUCAGCCUCUGGUCGGCCGCCUACUGCUCCUCCGCCGGCCCGGGCGGUUGCUCCUUCCCCCUGGACCCCGCUGCCGUCAAGAAACCCUCCUUCUGCAUCGCGGACAUCCUCCACGCCGGCGUUGGGGAGCCGGGGGCGGCCCCGGAGGGUCUGGCUGGGGCCUCGGCCGCCGCCCUCACCGCGCACUUGGGAUCGGCUCACCCGCACGCCUCUUUCCAGGCAGCCGCCAGAUCCCCGCUUCGACCCACCCCGGUGGUGGCGCCCUCCGAAGUCCCGGCUGGCUUCCCGCAGCGGCUGUCUCCACUCUCAGCCGCCUACCACCACCAUCACCCACAGCAACAACAGCAGCAACAACAACCGCAGCAGCAACAGCCUCCGCCUCCUCCUAGGGCUGGCGCCUUGCAGCCCCCAGCCUCUGGGCCCCGGGUGGUCCCGAACCCCCACCAUAGCGGCUCCGCCCCGGCCCCCUCCAGCAAGGACCUCAAAUUUGGAAUUGACCGCAUUUUGUCGGCAGAAUUUGACCCCAAAGUCAAGGAAGGCAACACACUGAGAGGUCCCUAUGCCGUGCUCACGAAGGACACCAUGCCGCAGACCUACAAGAGGAAGCGCUCGUGGUCCAGGGCAGUCUUCUCCAACCUGCAGAGGAAAGGCCUGGAGAAAAGAUUUGAGAUUCAGAAGUACGUGACCAAGCCAGACAGAAAGCAGCUGGCAGCCAUGCUCGGUCUCACCGACGCACAGGUGAAGGUGUGGUUCCAAAACCGGCGGAUGAAGUGGCGGCACUCCAAGGAGGCCCAGGCCCAGAAGGACAAAGACAAGGAAGCCGGCGAGAAGCCGUCGGGCGGAGCUGUGGCUGCAGACGGCGAGCCGGAGGAGCGGAGCCCCAGCCGUUCAGAGGCCGAGGCCGAGAGCGAGAGCAGCGACUCCGAGUCUCUGGACAUGACCCCCAGCGACACGGAGCGGACUGAAGGGGCCGAUCGGUCCUUGCACCCAACGACAGUCAUCAAGGCCUCCGCGGCGGGCGCCCUCCUGGCCGCCAGCAGCGGCAGUGGGGGAAGCGGUGGCGGCGGCGGCGGCGGCGGCGGCGGCGGCGGUGGUGGUUUUAGCUUCGGCGGCCUCAGUAGCAGCAGCGCCGGCGCCGGGAGCAGUGGCGGAAGCGGCGCCUCGGAGCUGCUCCCCGCGCCCCAGCCCGCCCUCGGCAGUGCCCCCAAAAGCCCCGAGUCCGCCCAGGCGCCGCUGGGUGGCCUCUAGACUGGACGAGGUUGGAGGGGACGCGAGGCCCCGGCUCAGGCUCACAGCCUUGCAGUGUGGGAUGGAUUUUGUGCCUGCUUUCCGGUGGCAGCAGGGCCAGGGCUGGAGACGCGAGGGCAGAGCCCUAAUGGAGGGCACGCAUCGCUGCCCCAGGCCUGCAGCCCACCCCUCACGGAGCCGAGGGGAGUCGAGCGCGCCCAGCACCGGGCUCCCAGCUCCCUCCGCACACCUCGGCCGGAAUACAAGCAGCUCCCACUGUGAAGCGUUGGACUGAGCAGUCCUCCCCUCGCUAGGGGUCGUGGCGCAAAGAUGCGCGGCACUUAGGAUGCAACAAACUUGUAAAUAAAAUGUUUACUAUGGUUUGUAAA